AUGACAGACACCCAGUACACCUUCCGAGCUCAGAAGACCGCCGGUAUCGUCGAUGCUCCCGCUUGGGACGUCUCUACAAGAAUACCAGCUGAAACUGUCGGCUCUAAAUGCUAUGCUUACUCGCCGAACGGAGAAUGGCUCGCCUACGCCUCGACAAACUCUGUCGAGCUCAUCGCCCCAAGCUCUUCAUCCUCAACAGCUACCACUAUCGAGCAGCCCAAUGUCGUCGCCAUCAAGUUCUCUCCCCAGAGCACUUGGAUCUUCACUUUUGAGCGACCUGUCAAGACUGAGAGUGGAGAGAUGUACAAGAACGGCAAGGCUUGGGAUGUAAAGACUGGAGAGCUUGCUGGGAGCUGGUAUCACAAGACUUUGGAUGACUGGGAACCCAUCAUCACUGCCGAUGAAACUUAUCUCUUCCGACCCGGACCCUCCGACCUUGCCAUCUUUACCCCUCCCUUCGCGGCCCGGCCCGCCACCCGGCUGAAGCUGGACGGUAUCCGUGGCGUCUUUAUCUCCAACCCCUCUGCCCUCCCCGAGGGCUCCACAAACGCAAAGCCCAUCGCGGCCCAUACCGAGCCUGGGGUAGCUAUCUGGGUUGGCGAGAAGAAGGGAGCGCCUGCUAGUGUUGGUCUCUGGACGCUUUCUGCCCUUGUUGGCAAGGGUGCGGCCAAUGGCGAUGGGGAGAUCAAGACGGAGACGAGAGACAUGCCCACCACCCAGGCCAGGAAGGCGUUCUACAAGGCGGACAAGUUGACGGUCAAGUGGAAUAACGCCGGUACUAUGGCCCUCUUCCUUGCCCAGUCCGAUGUCGAUGCUACCGGAAAGUCCUACUAUGGCGAGACCAACUUGUAUCUUGUCGGUUUGGAUGGAGCGUUCGAUGGACUGGUGGAGCUUGACAAGGAGGGUCCGAUCUACGACUUUGCUUGGAGUCCCCUCUCUCGAGAGUUCUCUGUCGUCUACGGUUACAUGCCCGCCAAGACCCAGAUGUUUGACCUCAAAGCUCGCCCCGUCUACUCUUUCGGCGAAAAUCCCCGUAACUUUGUCGCCUACCAACCCCAAGGCAAGCUCCUCCUCUCUGCCGGUUUCGGUAACCUCGCAGGCGGUGUCGACAUCUGGGACGUCUCCACCCGCCGCAAGGUCUCUGAAUUCAAAGCCUCCAACGCUUCUCACUGCGAAUGGUCUCCCGACGGUCGAUACAUCCUCACCGCCACUCUGAGUCCCCGACUGAGAGUCGACAACGGCGUCAAAGUAUGGUGGUGCGGCGGACAGCUCUUGCACAUCCAGUUGACCGACGAGCUCUACCAAGCUUCCUUUUCGCCCCGUCUUUUGAAAGACCUCGGUCCUUUCCCUGCUGUGAUCCCUGCUGCGCCCGAGGCCAACCCUAGUGUCGCCCUUCUCAGGCCCAAGGGUGAAGUCGACGGAGCCGCUGCCAAGCCUGCUGGUGCGUACCGACCCCCUGGUGCGCGAAACAGGCCCGAAGGCGCGCCUGCUUCUGCCUCUGCGUCGUCGGCGACACCGAUGUUCCGAGGUGGUAAGCCUGCUGGGCGGUACGUCCCCGGUACCGGUCCCCCUGGAUCUGCUCCCAAGCAGGUGUCGGGUCAGAAUGGGAAUGCCAAGAAUGAUGAUAAGAAGAGGCAGAGGAAGAGGGGUGGGAAGGAGAAGGAGGACGAGGCGCCUGCUCCGGCUGCGAAGGAGGAGGUGAAGGAGGAGGCUGGGGAGGAUGCUACUGCCAAGAAGGUUAGGAACUUGAUCAAGAAACUCAAAGCGAUUGAGGAACUCAAGACCAAGCUCGCCGGCGGCGAAGUGCUCGAAAAGACUCAACUCAAGAAGAUCGAGUCUGAGGCUCAAGUCAAAUCCGAGAUCAAGGCCUUGGGCGGCAAUGUCUAA